AUGGAGGAUUUAGUAAGAAAAAAAACUUCUGCGAUUAGAGGAAAAAUAGCUGUUAUUUGUAAUUCUCUUGGUUUUAUACAUGAAGGUGAAUAUUUGAUGGAGCCUUAUUGUAUUGAAGGAAUUAAAGAAUUAAUAAGACUUUUAAAGAGAGAUGAUAACACACACAUUAGUCGCCGGUGUUUGGGAGAGGUAAAUAUUGUUAAACAUCAUUUAAUUCAUAUAAUUAAAAAUUGCAAAUCAGACAUGGCAGACUUAUUCAGUGCUACUCUUCGAUUGCUCAUAAAUGUAACUACUCCAGCAGCUUUACUCUAUGGCGAAGAAAUUCCUCAGGAUAAAAAUGACAGGCAUAUAUAUUUGACGCUAAUAGAACAUGAUCAGAGUUACAAGUAUUCUUUUGAAGAUGUAGAAUUUUGGAAUAAAAUAUGUUGCAAAUUAACAAAUUUAAUUGAAAUAAAUUGGAUUGAAAGAUCCACAGAUGAAACUAUUGAAAUUGAAAGAAUACUUACUCUUUUACGAAAUGUUCUUCAAAUCCCCAGAGCUCCAGAGGAUGAAGAAAAAAUUGAUAAUGAUCUCACCAUUCAUGAUAAAGUUUUAAACGCACUAAGACAUUCUCAGAUAUUGGAACUUCUUCUCCUGAUAGUGUCAAAUCCAAAUGAAGAACCUUUUUAUCUCCAUUUAUUAGAAAUUUUCUGCUUUCUUCUUCGUGAGCAUAAUCCAAAAUUACUGGCACAAUGCGAUUUAAGCGAAUCAAAGAUGGAAAUAAAUGAGGAUGUGGACGAUUUAAUGAAAAUCCGGGAAGAAGAAAAAAGUAGUCAAAAAUUUUAUUCUAAUACUAGAAAUUUCAAAUCAACUUUUGUUAUUCAAAAUAUAAAAUCGAUUUCAAAUUUAGAUUUCGUUUCUCAUAAAUCUUUAAACAACUUGGAGGAUUUGGCUUAUCUGACACUUUUGGAAAUUUUACAUUGGAUGGAUUGUUCCAAGAAACCUUUGGUUCGAGCAUUGUCGAGAGAAAUAAAAUCUGAUUUAUUUUACGUUAUGGAAUAUAGAGAAAUGACAUUAAGUUUAUUCAUGAAAUUCGAAGCCAAUAAAUUUUCCAUAACAUAUUUGAAAACGCUCAUUCAAACGGCACAUUUAUUUAUCAAACUUCUUGAAGAAUUUUCAAAAAGUUCUAAAUUGAUUGUGCAAAAGAUUUCAAAAGUCAGAAAAAAAAGAAAAGGAAAAAAGUCGAAAGUGGAAAAAAAUAAUAUUCCGAUUAAUAAAGAACAAAUUUGGGAAAAAAUUUGUGAUGAUUUACAAAACUUAAUGGCAUCCGAUACGCCAAUACCCGACAUAUCACCCUUUGAUGCCACUUUGGAUACUCCAAUAGAGGAACAAAAAGAAAGAGCGAUGAAAAAUAUUCAAAAAUCUCUACAUCUUAGAAAUAUUAACGAAGCUCUUGGAUUAUUCAGGAGUUCUAGGCAAGUGUGGCCGGAAAAUGAUUGUUUUGGUAACGAAAAUAUGACGAUCGAAGAGGAAUUAUCUGCCCUUAAAGAAAUUUGCCUCGCCGAUUUAUUAAAUGAAGAUAAUGUAAUUGAAAAUAAUAAGCCCCCAGUUUCAGAAGAAGAAGAAGACGACGACGACGACAACAACACGGGGAAUAGUAGCGAUAGUGAUGAAGCACCCAUAAAGAUAACAGAACAAGAUUUUAACAUGCAGGAUUUUAAAAGACGGUUGGUACAUAAAAAGGUAGUUGAAAUAUGUGGCCUUUUAUUGAAAAAUUACAAAAAUAAUUCUGAUCACGUCAAUCAUUGUGCAGUUAAACUCCUUCAUCGAAUAGGUUGGGAUUGUAAUAUGCCUGCCAUGCUUUAUCAAGCAUCUUUGUUUCAAACUUUAUUAAAUAUCAUGAAUGAUAAACACCGAAAUUACAGUGAAAUGAAUACGUUCACGAUAAAUUUAUUUCAAAAGUUUCGAAAACAUGCCAGCGAAAACAGUAUAGUUUUUUUGGAAUUAUUGUUUUGGAAAGAUUAUUCCGUUGCAUUAGAAAUUCAAAAUAAAUAUGUCGAUUACGGAGGAGAAACAAUGACAGGAACCAAGGGAAAAAGGUCUAAAAAAAAAUUAAAGACGGAUGAAAACAGUAAAUCAAAGAAAAAAAGUAAGAAGAAAAUGGAAGAGGAAGAAAGUUUUCCGACUGGUUUAGAAAUUCCUGAUACAGAACUUGAGGGGGGGCCUACAGAUGUCGAAUUAGAAUCAAAUGACCCUCAAAAAGAAAUUUUUGAAAUGGAUUCGUUGAAAACAGGAGAUUCACUUUUCAAAGAGGAAAAUUUUAUUGAAAAUGAUAUUUUAAUCAAAGAGAAAAUCAACGAUUUUGAUGAUAUUUUACCCGUUAAAAAUGGAACGGAAAUAGAUGGUACCCAUAGUGAUGGUACCCAUAGUGAUGAUGGUUCGAUUAAUAAUAAAUUUGAUGACAAGAUAAUUUUUAAAUCUAAAAAAAGAAGAAGGUUGAUAUCGUCGGAUGAUUCAAAUUCUGAUGGUGAAAAUUAUGUGGAAAAGAAAAAAACACUUGUUAUUGAUUCAGAUUCUAAUUAA